GUGGGGAAGGGGGUAGGAGCCGCGGGAAGGAGUCGUGCCUCCCUGCCGUCCGCCCGCAGUGCGCGCUACGCGAUAUCACUGGUCGGUCAUGUGUGUGUCACUCUCACGUUCACACUGGUACCGUUCGGAGUGCUUGGUUACCGCGCUGCCGCCGUUACCGUCAACCGAGCAGUGUGUGUCCAGUAUACACGGUGUGCGGCCGGAAGUUUAAAGUGCCUCUCGUUCCGUGUCCUAGACGUGGCGAGAGCAGGCGAAAUCCUGUCGACGCGGGGAACAUCAUCGGGGAGACGACGACAACGAGGAUUACGGGCGCGCAGGUGGAGCGGACUGUAAAAGGGAAAGAUCGGCUGCGUGGUGCGCAACGGAGAAAAAGGAAAAAAGAAGGAGAGGAGAACGACGACGGCGACGACGACGACGACAACGACAACAACAACCACGACGACGAUCACGACGACGACGACGACGACGACGACAACGACAACGACCACGACGAUUACGACAAGGACGAGAACGUGGACGUGGACGACGAGGACAACGACGACGACAAGGUGUCGAGAAGAGCAAAGUGAUAUAUCGGAGCGGUCGCCGAGACGUUUUCGGUGGUACGGUGUCCAGUGUCCAGACACACGUAUGUAGGAGCAAGGAGUGGCUGCUGCUGGUGGUGGCCGAUCGUCCAAGGAAGAGAGAAGAAAAGAGGAGAAAGGAGAAGAGGAUCGUGCGCGCCUCAUGGCCCUGUUGUUUGCUGGCCCGUCGUGAUCACGAGGAGAAAAGCGGAUCCGAGUGACUGUGCUCUUGGUGUUUUGGUGAAAAAUAACGAAGUGGUGAUCGGUGCUCGGUUGUUCUUCUCUACGGUUCAGUGCUACGUGGGGUUUUCUUUUUUGGGGGAGAGGCACGCUCGCUGGAGGAUCGGAAUAGAGGAAAAGAGAACGGCACAGUUCGUGGGGGAGAGAGAAAGAGAGAAAGAGCGAGAGAGUAAGACAGCGAGGGAAAAGGAUCGCUAGACACAGGGAUAGAGAUAGUGAUAGAAGAAGAAGAAGAGAUAGCCAGAGAAGUGAAAAGGAGAGGUAGACAUAUAGAAAAGUGUAGAGAAGGAGAAAGGGUGAUUCGAAGACCCGGCUGGCGAUCCGAAUUCGCGGAUUCGACACGCCGCGGUUGCCGAUCCAUAAUAUGGCGUACAAGUUUCGCGAAGAGAUCGUGGGAAAGAGGUUUCUCUCGGUGAGUGGUUUCACCAAGCUAAAGGUGAAUAAGAUUAGUGAGUGGGGGUGGCGUGCAGGGGUGAUUCGUGCUGCCAGUCACAGGGAUAACGGCUGUCAUGAUCUUCAGAUCCUGGUAGAAUACGACGACGUCGAGUGGCAAAGAAGAGAAUGGCUAUCGCCGCACAGGGACGCAGUGUUUUCGUUCUUCUUGGUGGAAAAGGGACUGUGCUGGGCCGAGCGACCUGACCCCAGGCAUGCCAGCCUCAUCGCCAUCGAUCACCACAAUCACGCGAAUAAUAACCACCACCAUCAUCGUAUCAACGGGAAACCGCUGAGGGGUGCUACCGCUGUCGCGAACACGGUCGCCUGGCCGGCUCUAACAUUUUACCCUCUGGUGGCGCGAGCCGAGUUACCGGAAGACGCGAUGCCUCUCGAGUUCAUGCAAGAUCGAAGGCUGGAUUUCGUCGAUUACUCGAAGCUGAAGCCGUUUACCCAGGACUGGGAGCUGACGAAGGGCUCGGUGCCGUGGGCAAGCGCUGUCAGACGAUGGGCAGAAAUGCAGGACGGACAGAGAAUUCUGUUAACCACGCCGAGCGUUCUAGUUGGCUUCAGGGUCGAGGUUUAUCGGGCCGAGGGCACUACGCAAUGGUACACCGCCGUCAUCGUUGGUUACAACGAGUCCACCAAGGAUUUGACUGUCACCGAUGACACAGUUCUCGAGGAUCACAACGAGGACCCCAGUUUAGUACAAAUGCGGCUGAUCGGCGACGGAGUCGUCGAGAGCAUCAUGAGAGGCGAGGUCGUCGGCAUGACACCGAGGAGGUCGAGGUCAUCGACUGCUCUGACGCACGCGCUUGUUGUGCCACGACCCGGAAGGAGGCCGCGAGGACGUCCCGGAAACGCCACGCAGCUGCAAACCACGCCUAGGAUACAGAGCCCGAUCUCGCAGCAUCUGGAAAAAGGUAGGAACUGUUUCAAGUUGAAUGUUUUUUGAAAUUCGAAGGCGCAA